AAACUCAACUCCGGAGAAAACUGUCAGAAACAGCUGAUUGGAUUUUCGGAAAAAGGCGGCGUGUGUGCGUUCGGGCAUCAUUCGUGCUGUUUCAUUCGAUAAAGUCGGACGUGUUUUGUUUAUUCUUUUGGAAAAUCAACAUUUCUAAACAUUUUCCGUGGUUCAGACACAAAGAAAACACGUGAAAAGUGUGGAAAAAAGUGUGAGACGUGUGUGAAAAUAGUGUGAGUGCAGAGGAAUGCUAGUGGAGUGAGAGGGAGAGAGCGAAAAUGGUGGGAUUUGUGGCGGUUCAUACAGGUGCUGGCAACUGUAUCAAUGAGCAGCUCUACAAAAAUGUCUGCAGAGACGCGUGUACGGCGUCAAUUGAGAUUUUGAGGAGUGGCGGAAGUGCACUGGACGCUUGUGAAACAGCCAUUACUCAUCUUGAGAAUUCACCAUCAACAAAUGCCGGAUUUGGCUCAAAUCUCACCUGGGAUCGUACUAUUGAGUGCGAUGCCUCAAUUAUGGAUGGACAGACACUUAAUUUUGGCGGAUGUACAAAUGUUUCAGACGUGAAAAACCCCAUCAAACUCGCCAGAUCAAUCUGUGAUCUUCAGUCCAAGACACUUGCUCAUGGACGAGUCCCACCGAUGGUGGUGAGUGGUGAUGGUGCUAGUAAAAUUGCCAAAGAACUUGGUAUUCCCCUUGUGGAGGAUUCCGAGGAAUUGAUCUCAGAGAAAGCUUUGCAUUGCUUCAAUCACUUCAAAGGUAAAAUUAACUCACGCGCAAUGACUAAGAAUACCACUCACACCAGUCCCCUUGAUACUGUGGGCGCCGUUUGUGUCGAUGGUGAUGGGAAUAUUUCUGCCGGAUGCAGUUCUGGAGGGAUUAUUCUCAAGACAUCCGGCAGAGUGGGACAGGCAGCAACAUAUGGUGCUGGAUGCUGGGCUGUGAGUGAUCGCGAUCGCUGUGUCGCCACAUGCACCACCGGAAUGGGAGAGUAUCUGAUGAAAACUCUCCUGGCCAGGGAGAUUGUCAACGAUCUCAUGCACUGUCAGUGUCCAGUGACGUCGCUUAACAAGACGUUCAAGGAAAAAUUCCUGGACUCACCGUACCUGAAAACACCAGAACCUCUCUUUGCUGGUGCCCUGACCAUUCUCUAUGAUCGCAGUAGUGGCACUGGUGACGUCUUGUGGAGCCACACAACUGCUGCCAUGUGCAUCAGUUACAUGGGAACAUCUUUCCGGAAGCCAAAGUUUAUAUGCUCAGAAUUGCCGACUAGUUGCAAAAGCGGCCGAACGACUGUUGUGUCUGGAAAACAAUUUACACUGCCAACCUAAGGUGACAUCCGGAUCCAGCAAUCCAGCUUCAGUAUUAUAAUGGCGAUUUAUAUGUGUGAGAAAUCCCUGGCAUUUUUUUUCUGUAUUUUCCUUGCUGACAAAAUGAUAAAAAUUGAAAUUCAUGCUUUUUGACUCUUCUUUAUAAAUUUUAUUUCUAGACGUGUAAGAUGUCUUUUGUACAAAAAAAAUUACUGAACGAUAAA